CCGAGGCCUGCCCCCGCUCCUGGCGUCUCCCGGGGCCGAGCGGUCGUGACCCCCAUUUUCCCCGGGUCCGCAGUGCGGGGUGACCCCUUCCCUGGCUGCGCCGCCGGUUCUCCUACACCUGCUCACUUCCACCCCAUCUUGAGAAGUGAAGCUGUUUGAAAAUUUAAAGCGAACAUAGGAGAGAAAGCAUUGUUUUUACUAAACAAAAAGCUAUUAUUUGAAGAUCUACUCCAGUGCUCUGAGUCAUUGAUGGUUACAGGUUUUAUAUUUAACCUGAAAUGCAAAGCAUUUUUCUUUCAAGGGCUGAAGUGAAAUCAUUUUACAAAGUAUAUGCAGCUCUCAUGUAUGACUAUAAAUAUAGUGCAUCAUUAACCUAAGGACUUCACCAAUUGGAAGUUACAGUUUUCACCACCAGCUUACCUUAUCUGUUUUGAUCUGAUUCUCUCCUUAAACAGUGGAAACAUUUUUCUUUCAAGUUUUUUUUUUGUUGCAGAGUUGAGCAAAUGGCUAAUAAUGACUUUGAUGAAAGUUCCAGAAAAUGCGCUGACUGUUCAGCUAAUUCUCAGGAAGAUGUACUUCGUAUAUGUUCCGGUAAAACAAGGCUCUGUCCAACUUCAGUAGUGGAAAUGUCACAAACAUCAAGCAUUGUUAGUGCAGAUUUUAUGCUUUCACCAGAGAGGAAAAACAACAAAGAUAGUGCAUCUGGAACAGACCUGCCCUCCAGAAUUUCAAUUGUAGAGAGAAAAGCACCUCAACAACAGUGGAGUCGGGGCAGUGUGACAGAUGGAAAAGUUCCUCAUGUAAGGCUGGACGAUGCAGCUGCUAUUUGGGAUAUCUAUACCUUUGGAAGAAUAUUGGGACAAGGGAGCUUUGGAAUGGUCAUUGAAGCUACAGACAAGGAAACAGGAACUAAGUGGGCAAUUAAAAAAGUGAACAAAGAGAAGGCUGGGCGCUCUGCUGUGAAGUUACUGGAACGGGAGGUGAGCAUCCUGAAAUGUGUGAAACAUGAACACAUCAUACACCUGGAACAAGUGUUUGAGACACCGAGGAAAAUGUACCUUGUGAUGGAACUUUGUGAGGAUGGAGAACUCAAAGAAAUUCUGGCUAGGAAAGAGCAUUUCUCAGAGAAUGAGACAAGGUGGAUCAUUCAAAGUCUUGCAUCAGCUAUAGCAUAUCUUCACCAUAAUGGUAUAGUACAUAGAGACCUAAAACUGGAAAACAUAUUGGUUAAAAGCAGCUUUAUUGAUGCUAACAAUGAAAUGAACUUAAACAUAAAGGUGACUGAUUUUGGCUUAGCCGUAAAGAAGCAUGGUAGGAGUGAAGCCAUGUUGCAGACCACAUGUGGGACGCCUAUCUAUAUGGCCCCUGAAGUUAUCAAUGCCCACGACUAUAGCCAGCAGUGUGACAUUUGGAGCAUAGGUGUCAUAAUGUAUAUUUUAAUGUGCGGAGAACCACCCUUUCUGGCAAGUUCAGAAGAGAAACUUUUUGAAUUAAUAAGAAAGGGAGAACUACAUUUUGAGCAUCCAAUCUGGGAUUCCAUAAGUGAUAGUGCUAAAAGUGUUUUGAAACAACUUCUGAAAGUAGACCCUGCUCAUAGAAUCACAGCUAAGGAACUACUAGAUAACCAGUGGUUAACAGGGAAAACACUUUCUUCAGCAAGAACUAAUGUGUUAGAAAUGAUGAAAGAAUGGAAAAAUAACCCAGAAAGUGACGAGGAAUGUACAACAGAUCAAAAGAGCUGCAGCUGGUCCAUUCAAGAAAACUUGAAAGGUUACCAACUCAGCAAAGAGGUCCCAUUCAGCGCUACUUCAGAGGAAGGGGAGGAAAAACAGCCCACUGCUUAUGUAAAGACAUUAACUGUGACCAAAACGAAAGAAAAUGUAGAUAACUUGGACACUACGUUUUCAAGUUCCACAUCUAGCAGACUCAUUCCAACUGGAUUCAGGGGAGAAACAGAGAAACCCAAGGUGACUUCAAACCAAGGAAUGACAACCAAAAUCACUACUAAAUCUAUUGCCCUGCCUAGAACCAAAAAGAAACUCUAAGCUUCCCUCCAACGCUGGGUAGUACAAAGACAGAAUUGCUCUUUCCAGUGCCAAAAUGAGGGGAUUGGAGGGAGGAAAGGACAGUGCUAUGCUGAACUUAGUCUUUUACCUCCACUGAGCCCUGCUGUGUUUGUACCAAUUUAAAAUUGAAGCCAGUUGUUUCCAAAGCAGCGCAAUGUUAAAGGACAGCCACCAGCAGGCGUGAUGGGGGGAGGCUGCAGCUGAAACCAACCCAAGAUGUUUUCAGAGUUGUUUGGAAGGGCAGAUUCCCUCAAGGCAAGGCUGUGGGCACGCUUGCUCAGCUUCACUUCAGAUUCUUUUAUUUAGGCACAAUUAUUUAUGGUAGAAAAUGAGAGCCAAACACGGUCAUGGAGGUUCCAAAUAAUUAUGUGCAGUUUGCACAGGAAGACUUUGUUAGGAAUUACUAAUAAACUUGCCAUAGGCAUAACAGAAGUGCUUCAGUCAUUCACAUGUGUUCUUGUGAUUUUAGGUUGCUAUAGAUUGGUUAAGACAACUUAUUUUAAGCAUAGAAAUAUAGGAUAUUUUGUAAUUGCUUGCUAUUAACUUGCUGCUAAAUUCCCGAUGUAUUGAUUGAAUCAAUAAAAAAAAAAACAGAUACUACCCAUGCACGUUAAUUUUUG